UUACUACUGCUUUCCUUUCAUAGAAUAUUCCAGUGACCCGUCCAUUCAGACUAGAACCAUUUCCUUAUCAAAAUCAAAGAAAAUGUCAAACCCAACACCUGAAGCCAAGCCUGGAAACGCAGACAACCCUCGGGUAUUCUUUGACGUAGAUAUCGGUGGCGGAAGAGUUGGCCGUAUAGUGUUUGAGCUCUUUGCUGAUGUGGUCCCUAAGACAGCAGAGAAUUUCCGUGCUCUUUGUACCGGCGAGAAAGGGAUCGGUAAAAGCACCGGAAAACCACUGCACUUCAAGGGCUGUCCAUUCCACCGCAUCAUCAAGAAAUUUAUGGUCCAGGGUGGAGACUUUUCUAAUCAGAAUGGAACCGGAGGAGAGAGCAUCUAUGGGGACAAGUUUGAGGAUGAAAACUUUUACUACAAGCAUGACAGAGAGGGGCUGCUCAGCAUGGCGAAUGCCGGCCCCAACACCAAUGGCUCACAGUUUUUCAUAACCACGGUUCCCACACCGCACCUGGAUGACAAACAUGUCGUCUUCGGCCAGGUGCUGAAGGGAAUGGGGGUGGUGAAGAUGCUGGAGGGGAUGGAAACAAAGGACGACAAUCCUGUGAAGCCCUGCAUUAUUGCUGAAUGUGGAGAACAUAAGGAAGGUGAUAACUGGGGCAUUGCACCUAAUGACGGUUCAGGAGACACAUACCCAGACUUCCCAGAGGACUCUGACGUGGACUUUAAAGAUACCAACAAAGUCUUGUCUGUGGCAGAGGAUGUGAAAAACAUCGGGAAUAACUUCUUCAAGGCUCAGAACUGGCAGUCGGCCAUCAAGAAAUAUUCAAAAGCUCUCAGGUAUCUAGAGACUUGUGGAAACACCUUGGAAGAUGAUAGUGCCCAAAAAAAGCUGGAGCCCACGGCCCUGAGCUGCAUUCUCAACACGGCCGCCUGCAAACUCAAACUCAAUCUCUGGCAGGAAGCUAUUGAGAGCUGUGAUGAGGCCCUGGAGCUUAACCAGAAAAACACUAAAGCGUUGUUCAGGAGAGCUCAGGCCUGGCAGGGACUUAAAGAAUUCAACAAGGCCAUGAUUGAUCUGAAGAAAGCACAGGAGAUUGCACCAGAUGACAAAGCGAUUGGAAAUGAAAUGCUGAAAGUGAAGCAGCAAGUGAAGGAAGAGAAAGAGAAAGAAAAGAAGAUUUAUGCCAAAAUGUUUGCGUAACUGAAACUGAUCUCACUCCACACCGACCUACCUGCACUUGUGUCUUAGUAUUUUAGUCUAACGCUGGGGAAAGAAGGCAUUGGAGUAUUUCAUUUGGGAUAAAUAUGAAAUUUCCAGUUGGGAAGGAGAUUUCAUUUUGUCUGCGGUGUUAUAAAACGAUUUGUCUGUGAGUGAAUGAAAAAAGGUUUGUGCAUUUUUAGUAAGUUGAUCUAAAGAUGUCUUGUAUUGAUUACUGUUCAAGAAAGAAUAGGAAUUUUU